AUGGCCUCUCAGCAACACACUCUCCCUCCCCUUCCUUACGCUUACGAUGCCCUCGAGCCCGUGAUCUCCAAGCAGAUCAUGGAGCUGCAUCACCAGAAGCACCACCAAACAUACGUUAACAACCUCAACGCGGCUUUGAGCUCCCAUGUCACCGCCACCCAGGCGAACGACGUCCCUUCCCUGAUCGCCCUGCAACAGAAGAUCAAGUUCAACGGCGGAGGCCACAUCAACCACUCCCUCUUCUGGAAGAACCUGACUCCCCAAGGCACCCCAGGCAACGACAUCACCAGUGCCGCCCCCAGUCUGGGCUCGGCUAUCAACUCCCGUUGGGGAUCGCAGAAGGCCUUCCAGGAGGCUUUCAACGCCACACUGCUGGGUAUCCAGGGAAGUGGCUGGGGCUGGUUAGUGAGCGUUGGUGGGCCAAAGGGCCAGCUGGAGAUCGUGACGACCAAGGACCAGGAUCCUGUUGCCAGCACUGAUGUUCCUCUUUUCGGAGUCGACAUGUGGGAGCAUGCGUACUACCUCCAGUAUCUCAAUAACAAGGCUGGCUACGUCCAAGGCAUCUGGAGCAUUAUCAACUGGGCCGAGGCGGAGAAGCGCUACACCGCGGGCAUUGAGAAUCCAAUCAAGCUGUAG